AUGUUAACAAACUUUGUAGCCCUCUUGUUGCUAUCAAGCGCUCGAUUCGUCAUCUCCCAAGAGCGCGCACUCCCUCGCACAGUUUGCUACUCCUUUUGGGAAGAACUUCAAAGAAGACCCACAAAUACCCCGUUCAUGGCGCAGGGCCAGGUCAGGAUGAUUCCAGGUGAAAAUCCCAACCUCGCAACCUCACCGUCUACCCCAAACCCGUUCAAAAAUCUUAUAGGGAGUGUUGAAGUGUCGGGAGACGAAGAAACCGUACGCCAUGCACCCAUCUCCCGCGGUAAGCCCAGUGUUGAUGUGUUUAUUGUUGCAUCCAGAUAUGUGGCCAACCCUACACCUCAAACUCCGUAUCUGCCUGUCUUUGGAACGGGGCUGUCGAUGAGGACCCGCAGGCUACACACACAGGCUGGCUCGAGUCGGUACAUCCGACUAAAUGUUUCUCGUACUAUGCGAGCCAGUCUUGUAGGCAAAGUUCGGCAGACAGCUGCCCCAGGUAGUCUGACUGUAGUCCCAGUCGUAGAUGGCUGUACGAUGCAUAUUCCUUCAUCUCGACCCGAUGUUGGCUGCAAAGAGCUCUGGUUGACCAGAGGGGCUUUCGAAGCUAUCGGUGCAACCAAAGAAGAGAUGGAUUCCAAACAAAUGCUCUUGGAAUGGACAUUGCAAGUCUCUUCAAUUGUGCUUUUGUCAGCAUGUAUCUCAUACUAA